UAGCCAGCCAGCCUUUUACUUUACCCGUGAACCACGACGACUUGACUUGACUUUAAUUUUAUUUGCCUCCAUCCCUUCUGGCAACACUAUUGUACGUACAUACGAGGCACACAAACAAACAAUCCAUUGUCGAUCAGCAUUGCAUUCAUGAUAUACAUAUAUAUGUUAGCUCUUGCCAUCGAUCGAGUUCUUUUAAUACUAUAAUUUACCCAACACACACACAGAGAGCUAGUACCUUGGAUGGGGAGGCUUAUUGAUCAUGAGCACUUCCAAUGGCUGCUGCUGCUGCUGCUGCAAACCCUAAUUAUUGCAGUUGCAGGUGCAGCUGCAUCAGAAAAGAGUAUACGUACUGAUCAGGUCGAGCCCGUAAUGGCAAAGCCCGGUUGCUUGGAUCGCUGUGGCAAACUUGCGAUCCCAUACCCAUUCGGCACUACCGAGGAGUGCUACAAGAGCGAACCUUUCUGGGUCCGGUGCGACCACAGUACCAGUAAUGAUCAUCAUCAUCCAAAGUUGUACUGGCAAAAUACCGCCAUGGAAAUCAACAACAUAUCCCUCCUUGGCCAGAUGACAGCCAUGCAAUUUGUGUCCGAUAGCUGUUAUGUUUCUCCUCAACUGAAAACCAACACUGUCACCAAUUUGAGAUUAUCUGUAUUAUUCUCAGUUAACAAUACAGCCAAUAAGUUCACCGUUGUGGGCUGCGAUUCUUUUGGUUCCAUUUCCGGGGAGCGGCGGAGCAAAGGGAAAGGGGAUUACUUUACUGGUUGCAUCUCCUCGUGUAGCUCCAUAAAUGAUCCAGAGGAGGGUUCUUGUGAAGGUUCAGGCUGCUGCCAGACUUCGAUUCCUAACGAUGUUUGGAAUGUGACACUCACUGUCAAGACGGGUUUCCGCAAGUCUUCUACGGCGCAGAGCAUCACCAACUGCUCCUAUGGCUUUCUUGUGGAGGAGGGCGAAUUCAGGUUUCAUCCCCAGAAUCUUACCAAUUUGGACAAGGUUGAAAAGCUUCCCUUGGUGCUCGAUUGGGCUAUUGGGACUGGGAAUUGUGAGGACGCUCGGAAGAACUCUUCAACCUAUGCUUGUAAGAGCGGAAAUUCCCAUUGCCACCACCCCGAAAAUGGCUACGGAUACCGCUGUUAUUGCGACCCUGGCUACCAGGGAAACCCUUAUCUCAUCAAUGGCUGCAAAGACAUUGACGAGUGUAACCCAGAUCGCAAGAACAAGUCGUGCCAUUACAAAUGCCAUAAUACACCAGGGAGUUUCAACUGUACUUGUCCUAAAGGGUUCCAUGGAGAUGGCAAAGUAGAAGGAAAGGGUUGCAGUCCUGAAAAAUCCCAUGUAUUAGAGAUCGCGGCAGGGUCAACUCUUGGGAUCAUCUUCCUGCUCCUGAUAGCUUGCCUGGCAUACAUGGAGUACAACAGAAGGCAGUCGAAAAAGACGAAGCGCAAGUGGUUCGUUCUCAACGGCGGCGAGUUGCUGCUCAACAAACUCCUCAAGAAAGAUGGAUCCGAUCAGGACAUGUUGAAAAUCUUCACUUCAUCGGAGCUGAAAAAGGCCACCAACGACUUCCACAAGAGCAACGUCAUCGGCCAGGGAGGAUUCGGCAUAGUUUACAGAGGACUGUUGUCAUCCGAAACGACAGUGGCAAUCAAGAAGUCCAAAAUAGUCGAUCCUGAUCAGAUCGAGCAGUUCGUUCAUGAGGUGAUUGUUCUUUCCCAAAUAAACCACCCCAACGCUGUCAAACUCUUGGGGUGCUGUUUGGAGACAGAAGUGCCCCUUCUGGUGUACGAAUUCAUCAGCAAUGGCACCCUCUUGGGACACCUCCGGGAUCAAGCCAAAGCAAGAUUUCUUGAUUGGCCGAAGCGUUUGAGGAUCGCGGCGGGGACGGCGGAGGUCCUGUCGUAUCUGCACUCGGAGCCUUCGAACCCGAUCAUCCACAGAGAUGUGAAAUCGGACAACAUUCUUCUGGACAACAAUUUCACGGCCAAAGUGGCUGAUUUCGGGGCAUCGAGAUUGAUUCCGCUGGGGCAGAUGCAGAUUUCCACGGUUGUGCAGGGGACGACGGGGUACCUGGAUCCUGAAUAUUUGCAGACACAUCAAUUGACAGCGAAGAGCGAUGUUUACAGCUUCGGGGUGGUGUUGUUGGAGCUGGUGACUCGGAGGAGAGCGGUUCGGUUCGCCGGGCCGGAGGAGGAGAGGAGCUUGGCGUGUUACUGCGCGUGGAUGAUGAAGGAGGGGAGAUUUGCAGAGGUGAUUGAUGAGCACAUUAGGGGAGAGGUGGGAUGCUUGGAGGAGAUAAUGGAGGUGGGUCGGCUUGCGGAGUGGUGCGUGAAGAUGAAGGGCGAAGAGAGGCCGAGUAUGCAGGUGGUGGCGGCGAGUUUGAGAUCAGUGGAAAGGAUUCAGGCCGGGAACAAUGGCGGAGAUCAGGCGGAGGAGGUGGUGGAAGGGUUGUUUGGGUCUGAAGGCGUCGUGGGUGACGACGGUGAGAGUGGUGGUGGUGGUGAUAGCUCCGCCGAGCAGGUCGUCCCUCCGCCGGUGAUCGGAGGGCGUUGAGGAGUGGAAAUCGAAUGGAAUGAAAUGAUCAGUGUUGUUGUUUGCUUAAUUAAUUAUUGGUGACAUAUAUAUAUGAAUUAAUUAAUUAAUUAGUAUAAGAAGCAUGUGUUACGUUGCUAGAUAUGCAUUUUGCUUUUAUUUAUGUACUAAAUGCCAAAUUUGAACACGUUUAUUUGUAACCAUGUAGUUUUAUCUUUACUUUUAUACUACCAUUAAGUGAAUAUAUUUGCCUUAUGCAAAAAAUGUUAAGCUAAAAGC